GGCUGGGCGCCCUGCAGUGGGUUCUUUCUGUAAUUGGGACUUUCUUGAUGUCGCCCACUUUUAGGGGCAGAAAGCGAAUGUUGUUAGCCAGAUGCUCACACCAGAAUCCCCGCCCCUCCCCCACCCCUCGUGGUCCCCAAACAAAAGAAUUUUCCGCCCCUUUCCGAGUCCGCUGGAGCAGUUUAUGUGAUUUCUUGCACUAACCAAAUGUCCGAGUCUUAGUUAGCAAAGCAGAAACCCCCUUUGAAGGAAAAAAUAAGUACUUGCCACCAGUCGAAUUUCUAAUUAGCCAAGACUACAAAGAUAGGUGUUUAAGAGAAACUGUUGUAGAAACAGCUUAAUACAUUGACCUAAUUAGGGUAAUUAUUUUCUGCUUUUUUUAAUUCAUACAUUAUUAUGACACCUUUUGGAGGCAAGAAUAGCUUGAGGCAACCGACAAUUUUUUUUAAAAAAAGUAUACAGCAAUACAUAUUAUAAACAGACCAAAAGCCCAAGCCAGAUAAUUCUCAAUUUAAAAAUUAAAUUAAAAAAUCUUUGAGUCACAAAGGCCUUCAAAGUAGGGCAGCUUUAAAUCCCUAUAACUGUGAUUAAAUUAUGCAUUUUUACAAGAUAAAAUGGAGCACCACCUUAAUUUUUAGAACCAUAUCUAUUAAGCAAAGUAAUGCAGGCCUGAAAUAAAGGUCCAAUUUAAGGGCAGAACCCUUCACAAUUUUCAUUUUAAAAAGUGCAUUAACAGAGAGAAAGUGCUUCUUUGCCUUUUAGCUAAUGGUAGAAAUAUCUAAGAGUUUGGCUUAUGACAUUUAGGAAACAUCUCUGAUUCAACACAUAAUUACCUGUGAGUCCAGUGUAUUUUUUACAGUCCACAUAUAACCUUCUUCUAAACUUUUUCACAUUUUACUCUUUAUUCUGCAAUUUAGGUUUUACAGCUUGGAGGCAUUUUUACUUGUCUUUUAACUUCAGCUAAGCCUUCAGCCUGGUGAUUCCAGACUCAUUUUUCUAAUUGUCCGGAUCUGUUUAUAGAUAGAUUAAUAUAUGGCAGUAAACUAAUAGUUCAACAGAGAUGGACAGAUAACAGAUGAACUGUGGUUUUCUUGACACUUCAGUUGUCGUCUAAUUAUUUGUAUUAAUUAUUAUGUUCUGCUUGGAUUAAAGUCACUGGUGAAGUAAAUGAAAAUGUUUUCAGUGUUUCCACAUAUGUCUGUGUGAAUUUCACAUUAGUGUGAAUUUCUUGUCUAAGAUCCAGGCUCAACCAACAUAUAUUUGUUUAAAACUCUGCCUGGAUAACCCAACUACAGUGAGUAGCCUUGAGUAUGAAAGGACAAAUAAAGGUGUAAUUCAUUUGCUAUGUCCUUUUGAGAACAUUGCCUGGUUCUCUAGCCUUUAGGCUGCCAAUAUUUUUUAUGUGUGCAAGCAUAAGUAUAAAAUAAUACAAUUAACUUUUGUGGGUGCUUUAUAGGAUGACUGUCAAUAUUAUAGCCAUACCUUGUUUAUAUGCCCAUAUUUAUACAGAUUAUUCAUCCAGGUUCUAAUCUCUUCCUUUAUUCUUUAUAUUGGUAUUUAGGGCCAUCAUACUGAGGAAUCUGGGUUUUAAUCUGAUAGUUUAUCAGAAGGAUAGAACUUCUUCAGAAAUUGAGUCAAAUGGAGAGAUAAUUAAUGUGAAUGUAUUGUCUUCCACAGGCUUAGAUUUAGAACUCCUUCCAGAUAAUGAAACUCAGCUAUAGCUAGUGCAGAGGCAUGGUACCAGCAACACUACUCUCUCUCCUUACUUGAAAUAUCUAAAAUCUCCAUGUCUUUUCAGUUUUUUUUUUACCCUGAAAUUGCACUCAGAAAUUUACACUGUUAAUUUCAUGUUAGCAGUGCUUUUAUAUAGCUUAAAGAAAUUUUCUUUUAAAUUAGGAGUUUGGAAGCCUCAUUAUACAACUGAGGAACUGGAACUUUAUUAGAGUUGAGUACUAAGAGAGUAAUGUGUUUUGGUGGUGGAUAACAAUGCGUUUGCACCCUGUGGGGCAUGGGAUGGGAAGGGAUGCUGAACUGCAUGAACUUUUGUGUUAGGCCCCCAAGACCUCAGCCCCAGGAGCUACCCAUGCCAGCCCCUUCCCCAGUGGAGAUUAUGUGAUGGAAUUCACCCUAAGGAGUGAGCACUGAUUUCAACUUUACCACAGUCUAUGAGUCCAUUUUCACGCUGCUGAUAAAAACAUACCUGAGACUGGGCAAUUUAUAAAAGAAAGAGAUUUAAUGAACUUAUAGUUCCACGUGGCUAGGGAGGCCUCACAAUCAUGGCACAAGGCAAAAGCCACUUCUUACAUGGCAACAGCAUGAGAUAGAAUGAGAGUCAAGCAAAAAAGAGUUUCUCAUUAUAAAACCAUCAGAUCUCAUGAGACUUAUUCACUACUAUGAGAACAGUAUGGGAGAAACUGCCCCACUGGGUCCCUCCAACAAUACAUGGGAACUAUGGGAGUACAACUCAAGAUGAGAUUUGAGUGGGGGCACAGCCAAACCAUAUCACACAGGCAUCAGAAUUACUGUUGGCAGCAUCUCUUUCCCCACCAGAUGGUAAGCUACCUGAGGGCGGAGACUGUGUGAUGUUCCUCUUGGAAUGUCUAGCAGAAAGCAUGCACCUGACCUUAGCAGGUACACAAUGAGCAUUUGAAUGAGAGUUGGAUGGAGUGGAGGGAUGUAAGCAAAAUACUCACAUUCAUUGGCACAUUUGUAUUAGUUUAAAAAAAAUGUUCAAAGAAAAAUUAAGGGAGCUCUUACUUUUCAUUUUCUUCUUAUUAGCUAACUACAGAAUUAAUGAUAUGCAUUCUCAUUCGGUACUUGAUAAAGAAGAAAUGCAUAUCACAGGACUUUGGCUAAUGAAACCUCCCUAUUCUUUUACCUUAGUGAUAAGCAAGCUAUUUUACAUGAAGGUCAAUUUACAAAGUUAAAAUAAAUUUAAAGGGUAAGGGUCUUGGAUCUGUUACUCUUUUUUUAUUUGCUCUUUGUACUCAAACAAUUCCCAAAGGGAUUCCUCCAACUUAAACUACUUACUCUGUUGAAUAACAUGUCAAAUGGAAAAAUAACUGCCUUUUAGCCACUAAAAUCUUAACAUGGGCAUGUCUGAGCAGUAAAUAUUGGUAGUUUCCUUUUUGUUCAUGCCUUGAAUUUAUAUAACACUGGAGAGUCCAACAGUGACAUCAUUUGCACUAUCUGAUCUCAGCCACCUGUUUAGAGCCAAACAAUCUUAUUUCUCUUGACAGAUGGGAAGAUUGAGACUUGGGUGGGUGGGGCUAAAGAAACAGAGUCAGAUUCAUUUCAUUCAGUGCAGCAUCCCCCAAGUGUCUACCCUGUGCCAGAGAGAUGAAUGGGAUGAGCUCCUCUUCCAUGACAUCCUGCGUGUGGAUACAGAAUCUCCUUCUGCAAGGCACAGCAAACUACCUGACAAUGAGCAGCCCCACAUGCUGGGCUUCCUCCUCCCAGCAGCGCAGCAGUGGGCUUCCCCAUGGGACUGUCCCACUAGUCUCCACAGUUGAGGCUGGGCUGGCCCUGCCUGAGCUCACAUGCCUGAGGAGCCAAGGGUUGUUUUGUUUUUUGUUUUUGUUUUUCUGAGACAGAGUUUUGCUCUUGUUGGCUAGGCUGGAAUGCAAUCAUGCAAUCUCGGCUCACUGCAACCUCUGCCUCCCAGAUUCAAGCAAGUCUCCUGCCUCAGCCUCCUGAGUAGCUAAGAUGACAGACACCCACCACCAUGCCCAGCUAAUUUUUUGUAUUUUUAGUAGAGAUGGGGUUUUGCCAAAUUGGCCAAGAUGGUCUCAAACUCCUGACUCAGGUAAUCCACCUGCCAAGGCCUCCUAAUUAUAGGUGUGAGCCACUGAACCCAGCCUCUAUUUUUAAUUAAUAUAGAAAUUGCAGCUGGCAGCAAGACAAUAUUCAACCCCAGGUAAUACAGAGAACACCACAAAGAUAUUCCUCAAGAAGAGCAACCCUAAGGCACAUAAUUGUUAGAUUCACCAGGGUUGAAAUGAAGGAGAAAAUACUAAGGGCAGCCAGAGAGAAAGGUCAGGUUACCCACAAAGGGAAGCCUAUCAGACUCACAGCAGAUCUCUCAGCAGAAACCCUGCAAGCCAGAAGAGAGUGGGGGCCGAUAUUCAACAUCCUUAAAGAACAGAACUUUCAGCCCAGAAUUUCAUAUCCUGCCAAACUAAGCUUCGCAAUUGAAGGAAAAAUAAAAUCUUUUAUGAACAAGCAAGUACUCAGAGAUUUUAUUACCACCAAUCCAGCUUUACAAAAGCUUCUGAAAGAAGCAUUAUACAUAGAAAGGAACAACCAGUAUUAGCCUUUCUAAAAAUAUGCCAAAAAGUAAAGAGCAUCAACAUGAAGAAGAAUUUACAUCAAUGAAUGGAUAAAAUAGCCAGUAAACAUCAAAUGGCAGUAACCCUAAAUUUAAGUCGACUAAAUCCCCCAAUCAAAAGAUACAGCCAAAACCUAACGGUAUGCUACAUCCAGACCCAUUUCACAUGCAAGGAUACACAAAGACUCAAAACAAAGGGAUGGAGAAAGAUUUACCAACCAAAUGGAGAGCAUAAAUAAAUAAAUAAAUAAAAAGCAGGAGUUGCAAUUCUUGCAUCUGAUAAAAUAGAUUUCAAAGCAACAAAGAUAUAGUGGUAGAAGGAUCAAUGCAACAAUAAGAGCUAACGAUCCUAACACCCAGAUACAUAAGACUCAUAAAGAGAUUUAGACUCAACGAGACAGAAAAUUAAUAAAGAUAUCCAGGACUUGAACUCAGAUUCGGAACAAGUAAACUCAAUAAAUAUUUAUAGAGCUCUCCAUUUUAAAUACACAAAAUAUACAUUCUUCACCUUAAAUAUACAAAAUGUUUAUCUGCCAUUAUUAAUACCCAUUUUUAGAAUAAAGCUAUAUUCCCGUUUUCUCUCCCUCUUUUUCUUCCUCUCCUUCACUCCUUUUUUUUUUCCUUUCUUUAAAAAAAAGAAAGAAAGAAAGAAAUCGCAGCUGGCUGUGGUGGCUCACACCUGUAAUCUGAGCACUUUGGUAGGCCAAGGUGGGUGGAUCACUUGAGCCCAGGAGUUCAAGAAAAACCAGCUUGGGCAACAUAGGGAGAACCCCAUCUCUACAAAAAGUACAACAAUUAGCCAAGCGUGGUGGCAUGCACUUGUAGUCUCAGCUAGUUGGGAGGCUGAGAUAGGAGGAUUGCUUCUUGAGCCUGGGAAGCAGAAGUUGCAGUGAGCCGAGAUUGCGCCACUGCACUCCAGCCUGGGUGACAGAGCAAGACCAUGUCUCAAAAAAAAAAAAAAAAAGAAAGGAAAGAAAGAAGAAAUGACCAGACUUCUUUCCUAAAAUCCAUCCCAUCUUUACUAGAAAUUGAGAAGUGUGCCUUUUCUCUACCUCCCUUGUAACUCUGGCUGUUAGGCCUCUUAAUGUUUCUGGGUGUGAUAGAUGUAAAAUGAUACCUUAUUGCUACCUUAAUAGCAUUUCCCUGCAUAUAAGUGAUAUUGUGUACCUUUUCACGAACUUCCUGGCAAUUUGAGUUUGCUGUUAGGUCAUUUGCCUACUCAUAUUUCUCAUCUGUUUUUCUAUCAGGUUCUUUGUCUUUUUAUUGUCAGUUCGAAGAGUUCUUUGUGUGUUAUGGUUGUGGCUGAAGAGUCUGAAGAGGACUUUCCCCCUCCACACUGCAGGGGCACCUGAAAUACACCCCGAUUGUUUAACAGAGCUAACCAGGCUGUUACGACCUCUGGCCGUAGACUGCUGGUCACUCUGUAGAUACUGAGACUGAGGACUGUAUAGAGCUAGAAUACAGCCACAUGGUGUGGAGGACUGAGAAGGUGAGGCAGUUCUGCCCCGUGCUGCCUUCUACCGGUUAAGACCUCCAAAAUGGAAGGGCUGCCCAUGCAGAGAUGUCCCCCUGCUGCCUUUGGAGGGGCAAUGCUGUGCUGGCCAACAUUUGUGAUGCUGCUUGUCCCUGGCUCAGCGUGCGGGCGCCGCAGAAUGAGGAGUGGCGAGCCGGCCUGCAUCAUGGAUGAGGCCAGCGGGCGGGACAACGCGGCGACGCGGGGCGGUCCAUGUCCGGGACUGGGGCCGGCGCCGACGCCUCCGGGCCGCCUAGGGGCGCCGUACUCCGAAGCCUGGGGCUACUUCCACCUAGCCCCGGCGCGCCCCGGGCAACCGUCGGGCCACUGGGCCACCUGCCGUCUGUGCGGGGAGCAGGUGGGCCGCGGCCCCGGCUUCCAUGCGGGGACCUCGGCGCUGUGGAGGCACCUAAAGAGUGCGCACCGGCGGGAGCUGGAGAGCAGCGGCCCCCGACGCUCGCCACCCACCACGCCCUGCCCGCCGCCACCCGGUCCUGCCGCGGCCCCCGAGGGCGACUGGGCGCGCCUGCUGGAGCUGAUGGGCACGCUGGCCUUGCGCGGCAGCCAGUGGGAACGGGAGCUGGAGCGGCGCGAGGUGGCGGUGGAGCUGGGCGAGCGCGCCCUGGAGCGGAGGCGGAGGGCGCUGCAGGAGGAGGAGCGCGCCGCGGCUCAGGCGCGCCGGGAGCUGCAGGCUGAGAGGGAGGCGCUGCAGGCGCGACUGCGGGAGGUGAGCCGCCGAGAGGGCGCCCUGGGCUGGGCCCCAGUCGCGCCGCUGCUCAAGGACGACCCCGAGGGGGACCGGGACGGCGGCGUCAUCACCAGGAUUCUCCUGUAGGGGACUGGCCACUUCCCAACCCCAGGCCGUCUCUUCUCCGACCUAGGCCUUCAGCCCCCGCUGUGACCGAGGCCUGGCCAGCGGCCGCUACUCACUUGGAAGCUCCCGCUAACUGUAGCGCUUUCCACGCCCUAAAGCUUCAGCUUAAGAAGCAUUUCGAAGCCAAAGCAGAACCAAAACUCACUUCCACAGGGUCACCUGAGGUGCCUGGGUAGCCUUUCGUGGGCAUGCAUCCAGAGGAUAGGGUGGCACACUUGACACUGGAGAGUUCCAGCAGCUCCGUGAACCCACACCACCCAGUGUCAUGACGGCUUAAGGCUGGGAACCUGAACCUGGUGACUUUGAAAGGAUAGCGCUUCAUUCCAUACCAAAGACUUAUUAUAUCACGUGCCUAUACACCCAGCCCAAAGUAGAGGGUGUACGGAAAUGAGAAACCUUUUUACCCCCAAAAAGAGUUCCUAAUGCAUAAUCUGCCCAACAUCAAGUUCUGAAGGGGGAAGAGGGGAACAUGCCCUCUAGUUUCCCUGACUGCCCUAGCACUCUUCGGGGCAGUCCCAGAGAGCCCCCCUUUUUACUCCCCAUUAUUCAACCAAUACCAGGUGCACUCUGUCUCCCCUCGGCCAUCCUUUCCUUGCUUCUGACCCAAUGACAAGUGUGGCACCUAUGUCCACUUUCGGGCCUCAUAUCUGCCACUUUGUCAAGACAUCACCUUAUCCCCUCACUAGGAAGAGCGUUUCUUCCCCACAUGUCAUCAUAGUCCUCACCUCUGGGCCAAAGGAGAAAGCAACCCUCUCACUUAAGGCCACAUCUUCCUGUCAUUUUCCAUCCCAUUCCUCUGCCAUGUUUACUGGGUCUUUCCUCCUGUUAUUCACCCCUUUCUCUGUCUCAGUCCCUCCCUUUCCCCCAGGCUCUUCUUCCUCAGCAAUGCUCAGUCUCCCUUACUGAAAAGACUCAACCUGGAAGGGCCAGCAAGUCCUUGCCACCUAUACUUCCUCCCGUUUUUACUCCUUCACUCUGGGUCAGUUUUCUAUGCUACAUUGAACUAUUUAUUUCCAAGCCGCCACAAUCUCCCAGUGACCAAAUAAUGAUGGUCUGUUUGCUGUCUUCAUUUUGCUUAAUCUCUCCCUUCUUGAAAUUGCUCCCUUGGUAGGUGGAUCCUGUUUUCCUCCAAAGAAUUCCUGUUGUGUACUGGUUCUCAGUUUUUCCACAGGCCUCUUUUUCUCAUUUUUUUUUAUAUUGAAAAAUUCCACACAUUCAGAAAACGCUGAAAGGCUAGCACAAUGAAUACUAAGAUACAUACCCUCCACCCGGAUUGAAUGGUUGCUAACAGUUUGCCAGAUUUACUGUUCUCUCCACCUCAUGCAUGUGUACAUAUAAUGGCAUUUCACCCUAUUUCUGCACAGAUUUCCUGAGAACAAAGACAUACCUAAAAAUAUAAACAGUAACUUCUUUAUAGCCUCUAAUAUAGCGCCCUUAAUCAGUGUUCAACAACUGUCUCCAGAAUGUUUGUCUUGAAAAAAAAACAACACCACCAGGUCAAAUCAAUGUUCAUACAUUCUUUUGGUUUCAACUCUUCCGUCACGUUUAGCAUAGAACAACCCCAACAUAUUUUCCCAUGACACUUUUGAAGCAUCCAGGCCAGCUGUCUUAGCAAAUGUCCUCUAUUCUGGAUGUGUCUGAUUGCUUCCUUAGGCCUAUGUCUACACUCCACUUGUGGCACAUCUCCCUGCAGAGGUGUGAUCUCCUCUGGGCCAGGGACUGUUGAAUAUCUUCAGGCCGAGUGCUCUCCCCGGGCCUGGUCCUUCAUGCCCAAACCCUUGCUGCCUGUCUCCACCUGUCCUUGCACAUCCUGCCUCUACAAGUAGGAGGGCCAAAUCUAUUCAACCCCACAUCCCACCCCUCACCUGAUAACUAACAUUUACUGGGCACUAACAAUGUAUCAGUCACAUAUUACACACUUAACAUGCAUUAAUUAUCUCAUUUUACUCUCACACAGCAGCUCCAUGGUAACACUGCUAGCUUUACAGUGUUUAAGGAAACUGAGCUCUAGUUAAGUAGCCUGUGCAAGACCACAGCUGGCCAGCAGUAGAAGUGGGAUCCCACCGCAGACAGUCUCCCCCACAGAUGCCAUGCUGCCACUGUACCACCAUGUACUACUUUCGGAGAGCGCUGCUUCCCUCAGUCAACGCAGCUGACACCUGUUUCCUCCUAACUCCAACUAAUUAAUUCCAGUUAAUUGAAUUGACUGGAAUUAGUGACAUUAAUAUUUACUGAGCAUUCACCAUAUGUCAUCAGAGGUGUGCUAAAUGCUUUACUACAAUUACCUGCCAUGAAGCAACCCCAUGACAUAGGUGCUACUAUGCCCAUUUUGUAGAUGAGACAAGUUCAGGGGAGUUAGUAACACCUUCAAGUCACACAGCGGCUAAGAGUCUGUGUGGGGUUUGAACUGUGGUCUCACUGAAUGCUGGGUGCCUGCUCUGCUAAGUCUGUACAAAAUACUGCACUGCCUUCCUGAUGCCUGCCAAGCUCAGGGCCCAUUUAUCAUGCAUCUUCCCAUCCUUGUUUCGCCCAACUGUCCCUUACCUGAGUCACAAUUUGGCCAAAGCCAAAGGGAUUGUCCUAAGCCAAUACUGAUUUAUUGUAUCACUCUUCCUGCCCAAAAGCCUCCAAGAUCACCUGUCAAUCACCUCAUUAGAGUGCAAGCUCUGACUCUGUCACGUGACAUUCAAGUCCCCCUCAGCCCCCAUGCCACUCUUAUUGUCCCUUUCCCUACAUAUGCUCUAUGCUCCAGCCAAAUUGGAUUCUGUUCUUCCUGACAUGACCUGGUAUUGGCAACUCUAUGCCUCAAUUUGCCUUCCCUCCACUUUAAAAAGCCCCUUCAGUCUCUUGGUACAAAAAAAGAAAAAUCCCACCCAUUUUCUCAAACCACGCUUUCCUUGAUUUACUCUCAUAUGAAGACAUUUCUUACUUCUCUGGCCUCCUAGCAUUUUAUGUCCCACAACCCUUAGAACAGGUCAGCUAGUGUAUGGCUAUGGGUUUGUACCUUACCUCCCCUGCCAGACCCUGAGCCCUUGGGGGAAGUAUACUCACCCCACUCCCACAGUGCCUUGCAGUCCAUAGCUGCUCAAUACAUAUUUGAGGUGCUAAACCCAUUCAGUGUCGAAGAUUUUUACAAAUUAGUUUUCCUGUAAUUAUUAAUAUAAUCAUUUAUCUUUAAUUCUGAGUAAAAAAAACGAAUAGCUUAAAAGGAAAUAAUUUUUUUAACUGUUUAGUUAGGAAAGAUUUAAUGCAUCAGUUAUUGGGCUGUUUGGUUUGAUCCAAUCAACCAACUAUUCUGGUAUGUAAAUGUACUUUGUUAUUAUACAAGUAACACAAAACAUAUUGUCUCAAUCUAGGAAGAAGAACAGAAAAAAAAUACCCCAAAGUCCUGUCACCUCUGUAAAACUGCUAUUAACAUUUUAAUAGCGUUUAAUCUUUUGUAUUUUGCAAUUUUUAGAUUACUCUAGUAAUAGAAUAAAUUACUUUCAAGUACUGGAAUUUAACUUCUCCAUAUGGACUUAUAAAUUGAGCUAGAUGAUCUGAACUUCCUGUUUAGAAGAAAAAAAAAAACCUUCCACAAAUGUUAAUCUUCUAUUUCAUCAAUUGUAAAAACCAUUAAAACAUAGCAAAGAUUUA